CGCGCGGGCAAAGUCCAUGUGGAGCUAAGUGGAAAAAGUUUACAUGCCUGGAGCAGCGAGAGACAUGUCGCGCGGCGCGGACAGCAGGCUUCGGUAGAAACACCGUCUGAAUGUAAGCACAGCUUAGCUCUUCAGUUGUGCUGGGCGUUUUGUAGGUGAGUGACGGAGAGCUAGAGGAGCAGAGAUGCAGCGUGUGCUGUGCCUUGCAGCUAUCCAGCUGCGCUCAGGCUGCCUGGACCUGAACAUUAGGGAGCUGCCCGUCAGUGGACAGGUCAUACGUAUAAAGUGUUUUACUCCUCGCUGCUUUAGCUCCUCUGCCACUGCUCGGGCCAGUGGGUCCCACAAGACACCACCUGAAGCAAAAACUGAUGUGCCGUCAGACACUACCCAACAACAUGAGGUCGAUCCUCUGCAGGACAAGUCCAUUAGCCUCUACCAGCGGUUUAAGAAGACUUUUAAGCAGUAUGGGAAAGUCAUGGUGCCUGUACACCUUGUCACCUCCUCUGUGUGGUUUGGGGCUUUUUACUACUCUGCAAUGAAAGGGGUGAACUUGGUCCCAUUUUUGGAGUUCAUCGGGUUGCCUGACAAAGUGGUGGGCAUUCUGCGCGACUCGCAGGGUGGAUAUGCGCUAACAGCCUACGCCAUGUACAAGCUUGCUACCCCAGCCAGGUACACAGUGACUCUGGGUGGCACAUCUCUGUCAGUGCAGUACCUCCGGAAGCACGGCUACUUAUCCACCCCCCCGCCUGUUAAAGACUUUCUGCAAGACAAAAUGGAGGAGACCAGAGAGAGAUUCUCUGAAAAGAUGGAGGAGACGAAGGGGCGAUUUUCAGAGAAAAUGGAAGAAACCAAAGGGCUCUUCUCAGGGCGAAUGGAAGAGACUAAGGAGCGCUUCACUGAAAAAAUGGAAGAGACGAAAGACAAGCUCUCUGAGAGACUGCAUGAGACGAAAGACAAAGUGUCUUUCCGGAAGAAAAUGGAUUAACGGUGGUGUGCUCACAGUGGUGUGACCAGGCAGCUGCUGAGAGAUGAGGAAAAUGCACGGGGUUGUACCUUUCUAGGAAUUUAAUCACUUGUAUCCACUGAGUUCUGAUCCUGAAUCCUCAUUUAGUUUAAAGGCAUCUGUGUCUUCAAAUGAUUUAAAAGAACUAAAAACAUCAGUAAAUAUUAAUGGUCUGGCAUACAGACAAGCUUGUUUACACUUAGAACUUGAUUCAGUUUAAAUGGUGAAUCUGCUGGAAAAGAGUCCGCUUUAACACAGUUACAUGGUGAAUAGCAUAGUGGAUAACACCAGCAGAAGAGAGUUUAGUUCCUUGGCUGGGGAGAACACAUCACACUACACAAAUGAGUCCUUGGGCAAGAACACUUAUAGGGAUGGCCGGCAACAAACAUGUUUGGCUAAAACAAAAAGUAAACAAAAUUGAAUAUUUGGCUGAAGAUUUAAAAACUGAAAACCAAACAUGUUUUAUCUUUCAUUUUGCCACUUUUUCCAGCAAAACUAGUCAUUCUUGGGUCAUUCUCUGACCCUUUAAAAUACGUUUACACAGCUUAUGUUUUCUGCAUUUACAAAAUUACAAAACUCCACACUGGUGGCAAUUUUGAUUGCUCAUCAAGAGAUUGUCUGGCACAAAGUGCUUUUUUGCCAUUUUCAAUUGAAUAAUUGUGAUUUGUUCAAAAUGUUCACUACAUCCCAAUUUUUUUUUAUUUUGGCAUUAUUUACCUACUUCUUUAACAUGAAUCAAAUAUAUGUUGCACUUGAUUUGAGCAUCAGCCAAAUGCCAUACAUGUAAAUGUAAACAUAUCACAACCUUUAUAUUUAGAACCUGUAUUACAUAUUGGUUAUGUAUCAAGAUAAUUUUCUGUCAAUACGAUACAAUUCCGAUAUCGAUAUGAGCAGUAUAAAACACUGUUAGAGCUGGGUGAUAUGGUAAAAAUAUAAAUAUUUAGACAUUUUAACAAAACACAGUAUUUAUCAUAUUUGGUCUGUGUUCUUUAUAUAUUGAUAUUGUCGAUAAAAUAAGAAAAUAUAUCACGAUACCAUAAAAUAUUGAUGUAUCGUCCAGCUCUAGUCUGACAAUAGCAAAUUUGCUGGGUAUUAGAAACAUGUCUGCCACUUUUCAUACAGCAUCUACUGGUAAAUUUUUUUAAGCUGUGUGGAAAGUAAUUGUUUUGAAAGUUAUAUUUAACCUGUCUCACUGGUCAGAUUGAUUUGAAGCAGGGCCUUGUUCUGAAUGUAGUAUUAUGCAGCUCAUAUGACACUUGAAAUACUGAUUUUUAUUGUGAUUUCAAAAAACAGAACUUUUGGUUUUAGUACAUUAAGUGAGAAAGUUGUAUAUUUCUACAUGACAGCCAAGUCAGUAUAUUUUCAUAAUAAUUUCUCUACAUACAAUAUUGUGUAUCUUACUGUUUUUAGUUAACAGCUGAAUCUGAAGUAUGUGUAAAAUGAAAGCCAUAAAAUGAUAUUCUUAUGCAAGAUGGAGCAACCAUAUUUUCUUGACAGAAAAGAAUGUGAUUUGUGCUACCUUUAAAGUGAACAUGUGGACUGCAUUUUGUGAGAAUUCAAAUGUUUGUAUAGACUGUGUUAAAAAGAAUAAACUGCAGCGUUUGUCAUGACA